GGGUAUAUAUUAAACAUGAAGUGUGUCGGUCUACUUUUACUUUUUAUUGGCGCCGCAUAUGGUGGCAUCGUGACAACUGUCACAGUGAACUCAUAUGCAAGAACUGUGGCAUCAGGUAGUCAUACCACCCUGCCAUGCUCAUUCACUAUGUCAGAUCAAUCCCAGCCCCCCAUUAUUUACUGGAUCAAGGGAAUUAGCGUCGACGACCCCGAUGCUGAGGUGAUUUUCAAAGGUUUCAAAUACUGGAACGAAACUCUUGGGGAAAACAGACAAUUCUUUGGCGACUACGAAGGCAGAGCAACCGUGGCUGACUUAGAGCAACCAUCUAUUCAGAUCAAUGACUUGACAGCAAACGAUGAAGGUAGAUAUUGGUGCAUGGUUGCUGAAUGGUCAGGGAGGCAACAGGAAGGAACGGAUGCUGACGGCAUGGCUUUAAUGAUCGAUGGGUCCAAAUCGUACGUUAUAUCUUAUCAAACUGGAGCAAGCGUUGCAGUCGACGUAGGAGAUUCGACCUUGAUCGAAUGUUCUUACACUGGUAGUGUCAAUGUUGUAACUUGGUACGAAGGUCCAUUCCAUCUCCCAGACAGUGAAAACUUCACCCACACGGAGAUUGGUACUUACACCAAAGUAGGUACUAGAUAUCUUUCCACCUCAACAGUCGUUAUGGAGCCCGGGUUUAACAACAUGGGAAUUAACUAUUAUGACUCUCUCAUUAUCAGUGCGGCAACAAAGGAAAACUCGGGAAGGUAUUGGUGCGAAGUAUCCAGAUCAAGCGCCGCUAACCCUGAGUUGCAAACCGAUCGCUCAUCUACUCUGUUGAGUGUCAACUCGCCACCUUUCGAGUGUGAGGGCAAUGCUCCAGGUCUCUACCCUGACCCCGACGAUUGCUCCAUGUACUACGAGUGUGUGUCAGGCAACCCCAUCACUUAUCAUAGAUCAUGUGGUUAUGACGGUCUCGUAUUCGACGAAGCCAACGGUUACUGCGAUUGGGCUGCCAAUGUAGCGCCACCAUGCGGGACUGCAAGUAAUUAAAGCCGUGGAGAUCAACGCAACAACUAUGUAACAGUUGCAAAGUAAUAAACCAACUGUCGGUAAAAA